CCCCCCGCCUCUCUCCCCGGCAGCCCGCAGCGAGACGCGCCGCUCCCCAGCACUUUUUUGGGCCCGAGAUAUGGCAAUGGUAGUUAGCAGCUGGCGAGAUCCGCAGGAAGACGUGGCCGGGGGCACCCCGAGCGGCCCCAACCCCGCCGCGGCGCAGCCGGCCCGGGAGCAGCCGCCCCAACAGCAGCAGGGGGGUUCGGCCGCCCCGCACACCCCGCAGACCCCCAGCCAGCCGGGACCCCCUUCCACGCCGGGCACGGCCGGGGACAAGGGAGCGGGCCAGCAAGGCUCGGGGCAGAGCCAGCAGCACAUCGAGUGCGUGGUGUGCGGGGACAAGUCCAGCGGCAAGCACUACGGCCAGUUCACCUGCGAGGGCUGCAAAAGUUUCUUCAAGAGGAGCGUCCGCAGGAACUUAACUUACACAUGCCGCGCCAACAGGAACUGUCCCAUCGACCAGCACCACCGCAACCAGUGCCAGUACUGCCGCCUCAAGAAGUGCCUCAAAGUGGGCAUGAGGCGGGAAG